UGGCUGCCCCGCAGGCGCACAAACGGCUGUUGGGAAGCUGGCGGGCCGCCGGCGCCGGGCCCUUUUCCGUCUGAGCUGUGGUUCCUGACCCCGGGGUUCUGGUUCGCCGGUGAGUGACGGACGCACCUGCUUCCCGCGGCCCGGCCGUGCAGAACUCCUUAAGCCCCGGAGCUGGAGGCGCGCCUCUCCGGAAGGGGAUGCCGUGAAGGCCCCGGGCCCAGCCUGGGGUCGGGCUGGCGGCGGUAAGCAGUGCGGCGACUUGGAGAACCUUUAUAUUUAAAGUACCCAGAAAUGAAAAGAAAGGUAGGGAAUGCUGGCAAGCUGAGAUUGAGUCCUAAUGAGGAAGCUUCUGUUUUAAAAGAAGAUUAUGAAAGAAGACGAAAACUAAGAUUGCUGCAGGUUCGAGAACAAGAAAGGGAUAUCGCUUUUCAGAUAAGAGAAGAUAUAAAACAGAGGAGAAAUCAGCAAUUAGCUCGUUUGGCAGAGGAACUAAGGACAGAAUGGAAAGAAUCACAAACUCAGAAAAUAAAGAACUUGGAAAAACUGUAUUUGGCAAGUUUAAGAAAUAUGGGAGAGGGACACCAACAAGCCAAAGAAAAUGAACCUGAUUUGAAUGCUCUGGCACGGCGGGCAGCAGAAAGAAAAAGAAAAGCAGAAAUGAGGCAUAAAGAGGCUCUGAAAUUACAGAAAAAUCAAAAAGAAGAACUAAUGAAACAAAAAACAUGGCAUAUAACAGCUCGAAAGGAAGCACUACUUGUGGAAAAAGAGAGAUCUGCCAAAAUUACAAGUCUGCCACCACCACCUCCAAGUCUUUUUGAGAACGUUGAAUUAAAAAAAACUUCUCAUGUGAAAACCAGUAGUUCUACCUAUCAUCAUCUCCACGCUUUUGUGAAUAGAGAGAUGGAUAGAAACCAGCCAGAUCCUCAUGUGGCUGCUGAAGAAGAAGCGAAAAGACUGGAAGAAAGACAGAAACAAGCAGCACAAGAGAGAAUGGAACAGAGUGAAAAGGCGCAUGUACGGGGUUUCCAGGCACUGAAAAAGAUCCAUUUGGCUCAAACUCAGGAGAAACUAAUGAAAGAACUCAAACAGCUGCAGCAAGACGACCUGGCACGUAGGAGACAGACUGUCGCGCAGAUGCCGCCGCAGCUGGUUGAACUUCCAUACAAGCGCAGUGAGAUGAAAGAAGACUGGCAGAGAGAGCUGGAAUUCGCCUUCGAAGACAUGUAUAACGCAGACAGGAAGGUAAAAGGAAAUCUGAUUUUGCACCUUGAACCAGAACCUUUGCCCACCGUGACUGAUCAGAUUCAAGAUGAAGAACUGGACCUUUCAAUGGAACAAGAAAGUUUAGCGGAAACUGAAAACAUUCCAGUGACAGAAGCCGAAAUAAUAUGUUCUAGUGAAGCAGAUGCUCCCUUGGCAAUGAAGACCCACCAGGUCCCUUCAAAAAUUCUUUUUAAAAAAUUACUAAAUAAGAUCCGAAGCCAAAAAUCUCUGUGGACAAUUCAGUCCGUGUCUGAAGAUGAAAGCGAAGUCAUUACGACUGCUAAUGAGACUGAGAGUAAAGCCCCAACAGUCGAAUCAGGAGCAAUUGCUGGCGAAGAGAGAACAUUAUCCUCUGGGCAGGAACAAGUUGCUGAAAGUGAUACUUUAACAGUUGACUCUGGACCACUUAGUAGUGAAGAGAAACCACUUUCACUGGAUACAGAAUAUGAAAAGGAACAAGAAAUAAAUGAGACUCAGCCCAUUACAGCUGUAGCUCAGAGUUCAGUUCUACUUCAUCCUCAAGAAGAAGCAGCCAGAAUUAGAAUGGCAGCAAGGCAGAAACAGAUCAUGGAAAUUGAAGAGCAGAAGCAAAAACAGUUGGAAUUACUUGAACAGAUUGAACAACAGAAGUUACGAUUAGAAACUGAUUGCUUCAGGGCUCAACUGGAAGAAGAAAAAAGAAAAAGCACUCAGCAGACUGGGGUCAGCACGGCUCCAACAUCACACACUGUAAAGUCUGAUGAAGAUAAUCACAGGCAGAUGAUUCGUAACUAUCAACGUCAGCUUUUACAGCAAAACAGGUUUCACAGACAGUCUGUGGACAUAGCCAGGAAGCAAUUACUCGAAUAUCAGACUAUGUUAAAAGGAAAGUACCCACCUGUGUUAGCCUCUUCGUUGGUAUCUGAUUCUGUUAAAACAGUACCACCACAGAAAUCCGAAAGUCCCACUGUUAUAUCAGAGCAUUGGGACCAAGGUCAGAGACUCAAGUUGAGUCCUAACCAAUAUCAACGCAUACAGUCUGUACAGAUCUCCAAAUCGGAACAAGAUUAUUUUCAGGUUCCAAGACAAAGUCUCUUUCCACAAAGACAGGUGGAAACAGCAGACACAUUAGUCACUUCAGAUGUUUUAGCCAAGCAGUCUCUGGAAUCAGAGGAACAGCCUAAACAGUUCUCACAGAGUGAAGUACAACAGAGAGACUAUAAAUUGGUUCAUAAAGAUUCUCAUACACCUUCAAAGCCUUUGUCACAUGAUAGGCCGCUAAUACUACACGAUCCUAGAGAAAGAGCUGAAACAUCUAUGGCAGCAACGUCUCAAACUUUAGACUCCCAGCAAAGGUUCUCAGAGAACAAUGAAAAUAUACCCUCUAAGCUAACUAGACAUUCUUCAUUCCAACCACUGGCAGCUGAGCGUGCUUUUAGUUCUCUGCCUAUUACAGUUGAGUCUGAAAAAAUCCAGGAACGCUUUUCAGUCCUAAGCAAAAGUACAGUUCCCAUAAGUCGUUCUGUAAUCAGCCAAAUACAGGAUAAGUCUUUGCCAUCCUCACAGAGUAUCACAGCCCAGCAAGGCAAUUUGAAGGCUCUCCAAGAACAGUUAGACCUACAGAAGGAAAUUCUUCAGUCAAGACAGGAAGCUCAGGAACAAUUGCUUUUGCACAAACAGAAAGAAUUGGAAGGACAAACUGGCCUCUCGAUAUCUCUUCCAUUAGUAUCUCUGGAUUCAUUUGCAACACUUCCUUCUGCCAGAGCCGAAUCAGGGAGGAUCCAGGAACCUUCUCCAAUCAGGGAAGAUACUGCAGUUUCCUCAGACCGUCUUGGGUUCCCACGACUUCAGGAUAGGCUUUUGAGUUUUUCACAGCCUAUCUUAUCACAGCAAGAUAAUUUAAAACUUUUCCAAGAACAGUUCAGUAUUCAGAGGGACAGCCAGCAGGCGAGGCGAGAAGCCCAGGAAGUAUUACAUGUACAUAAACAGAGUGAAUUGGAUGGAAGAAUAUGGUCUGAACAGACUGAACCUCCUUCUCUCCCAUCUCAGGUACCUCAGCAUACAUUUGCUUUUCUGCCUUCUGCUGGCACUCAUUCUGGACAAAUCCAGGAGCAGUACUCACCGGAGAGUGAGAAGGGACUUCUCCCAAGCCAGCCUGAAAUCCAAAAAUCUCAGGAUGGGUCUUUGUGUUUCCUACAGCAGUUCCUACCUUUGCACGAUAGCGUGAAAUUGCCCCAAGAACAGCUGACAGCACAGAAGGACCCUGCUCAGGCGAGGCAUGAAGCCCAGGCAGAGUGGCUUUUGCAGAAACCAAGGAACUUGGGAGACAGUACGUCUGGGCACAAAAGUUCUUCAUUCCCACCAGUGGUUGCUCCGUGUUCAGUUGCUUCACAACCUUCUGCUAAAGCUGAGCCUAGAAGAAUUUAUCUGUCUGAGAAGGAGACUAGUAUUCCUUCAAGUCAUUUGGUAAGCCCAGCAUUUCAGGACCAGCCUCACACUUUGCCACAGUAUAAGCUGCCACAGCAAGAAAAUUUGACAGCACUUCGGGAACAGUUACACGUGCAUGGGGUGAUACUUGGGGCUAAACAGGAAACUCAGGAAUUUGUACGCAAACAAAGUGAAUUAGAAAAAACAGUUUCUUCUGAACAGACUGGCCCCUCUGUAUCCCUGUCCCAGGUAGUGGAGUUUGAAAGAUUCCAGGACUUUAUGUCAGUCCAGAGUGAUAGUACAGCUCCUGUAAGCCAGUCUAAGAUCCCGAGUGUUCAGGAAAGACUUCUGAGAUUUCCACAACAUACACUACCUCUACAAGAUGGUUUGGAGGAACCCCAACAAUGGCUAGGCCCAGGGAAGGAGGCCCUUCAUUUUAGCCAGAAAACCCAAGGAACUAUAUCUUCUGAACAAACUGACUCUUCAUUCAUACCCCAGUUAGGACAGCCUUCAUUCACUUCAUUACCUUCUGCUGAGUCUGGUACAAUCCAGGAAGCCCUUUCAACAGAGAGUGAUAGUAAAAUUCUUUCAAGCCAUUUUCAGAUCCCACAGCUGCAGGAUAGGCUUUUGAGGCUAUCACAACUUAUCCAGCCUCAACAAGAUAAUUUGAAGGCUCUUGGAGAAAGGUUAGCUAUGCAGAGAGAAGCCAUCAUUCAAUCUAGACAGGAAGCUCAGGAAGAAUUACUUUUGCAUGAACAGGGUGAGUGGAAGGAACGAAUGUCUCCCGAACAGAUGGGUGCCUCUUCCUUCCUACCCCCAGUUGUACAGCACUCAUUUGCCUCAUUACCCCUUAGUGACUCUCGAAGAGUCCAAGAACCUUGUCCAACUAAGAGUGAUAAUACAGCUCCCUCAAGACAUUCUGAGAUGCCAAGAUUGCCUGAUACGUUUUUAGAUUUAUCACACUCUGCUUUAACCCAACAAGAUCACCUGAUUGCGCAAGAAAAUUCCCUUCCAUGCAGCAAGAAAACCCAGAAAGUAUUGGUUUGGCCCAGACCAUAUAAGUUUGAGGAAAAGUUACCUGCUGAGCACUUUAUCCAACCUCACCAGGGUGAUUUGAAGGCACUUCAGCAGCAGUUAGAUAUGCAGAGGAGAUCCAUUCGAUCUAGACAGGAAGUCCAAGAAGAAUUACUUUUGCAAAGACUAAGUCAGUUGGAGAAAAGGGUAUCAUCUGAGCCGACUGGCGCUUCCUCCUUACCCCAGGUAGCACUGCCUGUUGCUGAUUCUGAAAGAAUCCAAAAGCCUUUUGCAACCAGAUGUGACAGUACUGUUCUUGAAAGUCAUCCUCAGGCCCCAACAUCCCAGGAAAGACCUUUGACUUCACCACAGCCUGUUCUGCCUCAGCAAGACAUUUUGACAGCACAGUUGGGCUUAGAAAGGGAAGUGGUGCUUCCUAAUGAGAAAGUCUGGGAAGAACUGCUAUUAAACAAACAAACAAAGUGGACUGAAAGUGAGUCUUCUGAGCCUGCACUUCCCUCUUUGUUUUUACCGCACAAAAGAGAGCCUUCAUUUAUUCCACUGUCUUUCGCUGAAGUUAAAUCUAAAAACAGUUAUGAAUUGUAUCCCUCUAAGAAUGAAGAUGCAGCUCCCUCAAGCAAUCCUGUGAUUCCCAGAUUUCAAGAUAGACUUUUGAGUUUUUUGCCACCCAUCUUAACUCAGCAAGAUAACCUGGAACUUCAGAAGCAGUUGGAUCUACAAAAGCAAGUCCUGCAUUAUAGCCAAAAAGCCCAAGAAGAGUUGCUUGUACAGAGACAGACAGCACUGCAGCAGCAGAUACAGAAACAUCAAGAGAUUUUGAAGGAUUUCUUUAAAUACAGUCAGAUAAGUAAGCCCACGGUUGAAAAUGAUGUAGAAAGUCAGAAGCUGGGAGAGUGGCUUCCUCAUCCCCAAGACACAGAAGGAGAUGAUCAGGAGAGCAUUAGGCCUGUUACUAGGAGCACUUCGGAUGACAAUCCCCUGCUUUCAGAAAGUAGUGCCCAGCAAAGUGGCAAGCAUCUGGACAAAGACCUGGGCAGGAGAUCCUCAAAGCCGCCUGUUGCAAAAGUUAAAUGUGGAUUGGAUUUGAACCAACACGAACUUAGUACCAUACAAGAAGUUGAAUCACCAGCAAGUGGCAGAACGUCUAUAUUAGGUAAACAAGAUUCUUAUCAAGAAAGGGACCCCCUGAGGGUCUCAAUAAGCCGAGAACAAAGUUUCUUUGGCAGUCCACUGGACCGUGAUGCAUUCGGUUGCCUUUACCCAGUUGCCCAGGAGAAUGUCUGUGGUAUUAACUCCAAUGAAGCAGCUAAGAUCAAGGAGGCUGUGGCUGAGAAUCAUGCAGUAUUAAGUUAUGCUGUGGAGGAAGAAAAUACAUAUCUGAGUCCACCUGUGAAGCCAGAAAAUGCUGAAACAGAAGAGAUUUAUCAUGAGCCAUUGUCGUCCAUAACUAUUUCUACUGGGAGCUUUUUAAGUUCUGAAAACACAGAUUUGAGCCUUACAGAUGCAGGGUCAUUUUCAGAGCGUGCGGACCACAGGGAACAAGAACCUACCACUGGUAAAGAAAAGGAAACAAAUGUCUUAAGUUCUGGAGUUCCUGCAUCACAAGUCCCUUAUCAGAAGCAGGACUCUGGGGAAGUUCAUAAACCUGUGUUGCCUGCAGUGGAAAAGUUCACAUCUGGUCAGACACAGCUUCAGCAGAUGAUAGACAAACACAUAAAUGAAGCAAAUUUGAUGACUGAGAAAACAGACUUGCGGGUUGACCUUGACUUUCUGGAAUUAGAACACACUUUUCCAAAUUUGCAUCAUCAGCUAUUUAAGCCCUUAGAACCACAUCCAGAUUUUGAUAUGUUAUCAUCAUACUCUGGGAUUUCUCAAGACAGCGGAGACUUUUACCAGAACUCGGAGUCUUCAUGUGAAAGCCACCGUACUGCCGCUUCAUCCAAAAGUACAGUCGCCUUUACAGCACUGAGAGACCGCGUGAAGCCUUCCAACGCAAGCCCAAACCAGCAACGUGACGCGCACACGGCUCAUGCUGCAGCCCAGGCUUCUGCUACAGAAGGUAUGACUGAGGGCUCUGAACAGUGUUUUCAACAGCUUCUGCCAGAAUUUUCUUCACAGGACGGGGGCCAGCAUGUUGAUCUACCGAGUAUCUUUAGCAUUGAGGCAAGAGAUUCUUUCCAAAGCAUGGAAAAUCAGAACUACUCUGAACAGACUGAAUUACAAAACAGGAAAAAAAGUGUUCAUUUCCAGCUCUCUGUAGGAAAUUUACAAAAUGCAGUGUUCGGUUCAUCUGAUGAGGCUGAUGUAUUUCAUCACUUGUAUCUACAGCAUAGCACUCCCUGUGGUUCUAGCUCUAGUGAGUGCUCAGUAAAAGCCCAACUAGAAGGCAGAAAAGACAGACCUGGUUCUGAAGAAUUAGCUGAAAGAGGGGUUGAUACAGCGUUACAAAGUCAAGGACUCCAUGGAGACAAACAGGAAAGUUGGGGGGUUUUAAGUGUAAAUUCACAUGUAGAAGAAACUGAUUCUCAAUUGUGUCUGAGAACAGUGGAGAUGGGAGCUUCAGUUCAAGCACCGUAUUCUGUUCAGAAUGAAAAAUACUUUGAGAAUUCAACUAAAGUAGAAACUCCAGAAAUCCUAAGAAAUCUGUCUCAACUAGCACCGUCAGAGCUCUUAAAUUCUGGAUCAUUACAGAGCUCUAUUCCAGUUUGGGAGACGGAGUCUGGACAUGGUAUAAUGGAAGAACCAGAGCUUACUUUAGUAAGCACCAGUGAUAUCAGUAUUGCUGAAACGGAGUUUGCAAGUUUAACCCUAGAAGAAAGAGAAAAUGAGGCAAAAAGCACUUUUCAGGUGAAUGAAUGUCUGCCUCUUAUGUCAGAAAAAGAAACCUCAAAUUUCCCAGCUGUGUCAGAACACUGUGUGAAGGAGGCAGUGACAGUUUCAACAGAAACCCCGCCGAAGUUAACAGCUGUACCUGGGAGCUUACAAGAAGCAUUUAUGAAGAAGAAAAAGUCAUUUAUGGAGAGAACUUCCCAGAGACAGAAAGAAAUAAAGAAUAAAAGUUACCGUUCUGAGAAGUCUCAAACCAAAAUAGUUAAGGAGAAGCCUAUAGGCUCAUCUAGGAGUCGCCUGAAGGGUGUGAAUAAGGUUAGAGCGUCACUUCCUGAAGACAGAAAGACUGCACAAGCCCUCAUGCAUCAAAGGGCUCUAAGGUAUGUGUGUGGGUGGGUGUCUAUGCAUAUUCCUGAAGUGCUUGUCCUUAAUUCUAUACACUUUUCUUACAGAUUGUACAAUCAGUUAGCUGAAGUGAAACAGCAAAGGGAAGAGAAAGCAAAGCAAGAAGCAUAUGCCCAAAACCGGGCAAGAGCAAAAGAAUUUCAUAAGAAAACACUAGAGAAACUUCGAGCCAAAAAUACAUGCUGACUUUCUACGAGAAGUGUUAAAUUUUUUUAAAUUAUGUGUGAUGUAACAUAGACAAAGUUAUUAAAAUCAAUAAAUUUUUAUUUAAGAA